AUGCCUGGGGUGAACUCGAUCAAGCUACUGACUGGCAACAGCCACCCCGAGCUCGCGCACCUUGUGUCUGCGCGACUCGGCGUUCCGGUCACCGAGUGCGUUUGUCGCAAGUUUGCGGACCAGUCGAUCGACGUCCGCAUCGGCUCCUCGGUCCGUGACCAGGAUGUCUUUGUGAUUCAGUCGGGUUACUCGCCGUUCGUGGAUGUGAAUGACAGCCUGAUGGAGCUGCUGAUUAUCUUGUCGGCAUGCAAGACGGCAUCGGCGCGCCGCAUCACGGCCGUCAUUCCGUCCUUCCCUUACUCGCGCCAGAACAAAAAGGACAAGAGCCGCGCGCCGAUCACUGCCAAAAUGGUCGCAAACAUGAUCACAGCCGCGGGUGCGGAGCACGUCAUCACAGUCGACCUGCACGCGAGUCAGAUUCAGGGGUUCUUUGACAUCCCGGUCGACAACCUCACCUGCGAGCCGUCCAUCGCUCGCUGGAUCCGGAGUAACGUCGACGACUGGCGCGACGCCAUUAUCGUGUCGCCCGAUGCGGGCGGUGCAAAGCGUGCCACGUCGCUUGCGGAUGUGCUCGGCAUCGACUUUGCGCUCAUCAACCGCAACCGCCGCCGCGAGCAGGCCCGGCGGCAACGCGCCGCCUCGCUCGAGCAGGGCAACGCUGACCUCUCAGCGUCGCAGCUGAGCAACUUCUCGGAAGUGGCGAACGGCGUGCACUCGCUGAGCGAGAGCGGCGAAUGGUUCAUUACCGAAGAGAGUGGCCGCCGGCUGCGCAGCGGCGGCCACCGCCGCACGAACACUGGCGUGGAUAGCGACGCGGGCGUGUCGGAGGACGAGAACGACUCCAAGAUGGAGGUGCUGGUCGGCGAGGUCGCCGGCCGGACGGCGAUCCUCAUUGACGACAUGAUCGAUACCGGCCGCACGCUCGCGCUUGCCUCCAAGACGCUCGAGGCAGCGGGCGUGAAGCGCGUCUAUGCCGUGAUCUCGCACGGCCUGCUGUCCGGCCGCGCGAUGGACCUGAUCAAGCGGUUGAACCUCGAGAGGCUGAUUGUCACCAACACGAUCAGCAACCAGGACAAGGCACGCAACAGCAACGACAAGCUGCAGAUCCUCGACAUGUCGGCCGUUAUCGCCGAGACGAUCCGCCGCUCGCACCACGGCGAGAGCAUUUCUACCAUGUUCCGCCAGGAUGCUGAGAUGAUGUUUUAG